UUUAAAAGCAAUGAUAACAUCCACUUUGUUUUUGCAACAACUUUCAUUGGCAGAUGGAAUGCUACAGCAUAACUCUGAUAGUUUAAUUGAAACAUCUUUGUCAUUAUAUAAAUAAAAGUUUAUAUUUUAGAGUUAGCAAGAGGUUGUAAUGGGGCUAGAAAAGAAUUAUGAAGAAUUAGGAGGCGGCAGUGAACAUCAUAAUUCUGCUCAUGAGGAUCUGAUUAAGGAAGUUGCUCUUCUGGAGCUGGAAAUUAUGUAUUUGGAGAAGUAUCUUCUAUCAAUGUACCGAAAAACAUUUGCUAAGCGGUUAGAAUCACUGGAUGAAACCAAACAUAUUUCCCAAGUCACAAAGGAAAAUAAAAGUAAUCCACCAGAAGAUCAAUGUAAAGAUCCAAGUCUAGUUGACACUUCAAUUCUGAGAUGCCACUCAUCACUCUCUCACACUGCUCUUGCUGCUUCUUUCAAGCCUUCACCUCUAGUUGGAGUUCUUGCUGAUGCUCUAGAUUCCUACCAUUCCUUGCCUUUAUCCAUGCUCCAGAAUGCUCAGGUAUCCACUUCAAAUUGGACAGCGGCGGAUAAUUUUGUUAACGCUUCUUCAAAUCAUUUUCAUCAUGCCCCAAAUCAGCUGUCUGAAGAAAUGAUUAAGUGUAUUUCAGCCAUAUAUUUUCAGCUUGCUGACCCCCCUUUGUUCAGCUAUGAUUACCCAUUCUCUCCAAUCUCAUUAUCAUCAUCAGUUCCUCAAGGUCAGAAUGAUAUGGGGCCUGAUUUACAAUCUGAAGAAAAUUCAUCUAAUUCAAUACUGAAUAACCCUUUUCACAUUAAAGAGCCAAGAGAAUUUAAUGGAUCUUUUGUCACAAUGCCUGAAGUACAAGGGCUCUGUCGAGAUAAACGGAGCGUAGAUGGUGUGGACCGCAUGUUACAACAUUUUAGGUAUCUUGUCUCGAAGUUGAAGGAAGUUGAUCCUAGAAAAAUGAGGCAUGACGAGAAGCUGGCUUUCUGGAUUAAUGUCCACAAUGCACUAGUGAUGCAUGCAUUCUUGGUUUAUGGGAUUCCACGAAGUACUCUCAAGAGAGUAUCUCAACUUCUCAAGGCUGCUUAUAACAUUGGAGGGAAUACAAUAAGUGUGGAGAUGAUUCAGAGUUCUGUACUAGGAUGUCGACUGCCCCGUCCGGGUCAGUGGAUUCAAUCAUUGUUCUUUCCAAAACAAAAAUUUAAGGGUGGAGAUGCAAGAAAAGGAUAUGCAAUAGAGCACCCAGACCCUCGUCUACGUUUUGCUCUAUGCUCUGGAAGCCAUUCUGAUGCUCUGCUCCGGUUGUACACGCCUAAGAGAGUGUUCCAGGAGCUUGAAGUGGCUAAAGAAGAGUACCUUCAAACAAACACAACAGUACACAAGGAACAAAAACUAGUUCUCCCCAAGAAUGUGGAAUCUUAUGUGAAGGAGGUCGAUUUGUGCCCUUCUGGCUUGAAGGAAAUGAUAGAGCUCGCGUUGCCUGAACAUUUUACAAGAAAAUAUCAGGGGAAAUUAUGGAAGAAAAUUGAGUGGCUUCCUCACAACUUCACUUUCCGCUACCUAAUUUCACAUGAAUUGCUUGAGUCCAUCGUAUCCUUCUGAUCAAACUCACUGUCAAAGGUUUUGAAUGACAGACGAAUUGCAGUAAAUAAAUCUAUAGAAAAAGUUAAUCAGAAGGAUAUAUUUCAAGACACAAUUUCAUCUACCUUAGCUGAAACAGGUUUGAGAGCAGUCGUGAAACGAGGCACAGUUUAGCAGAUGUUUUUGAGCUGCUAAUCUGAGAAGUGAAAAUAGCUUUACCCCUUGUUACAGGGUCCUCAUUUGUCUUGACACACCAGUAUUCACAAGUGUGAAAUAUACUUUGUAUGGAUUUUCAAAAUACACUAAAACUACAUGUACUUGUACUGUAUGCAAUACGUACCCUUACAUAGUCGAUCGAGUCCAUGUAUUAUAAUGUGUUUCAUCUGUCAUUUUCUCAUUGUAAUGAAUGAGUUUUGUAAUAUGCCGGAUUAAAAACUGAAACAUCUUUGAGUUUGAACAGUUGUUUUAGAUGGGACAUGUAUGCAAAAAGCCCAAAAGGCAGCAUAUACUGCCUUUCGCUUCUCAUUUAA